ACCGCCUCUCCCCACGCACUACUAUAUAUAUGAGUAAAUCCUCUUUCACGUUCUUCAAACAUAUCAUUCUUUGUUUGCUUCUCAAGUCUCUCGAAGCCUCUUUCUCUCUCUUCUAGAAGCUAUCUGUGUUUGGUGUUACUAAGUCUCCAACAAGCAAAGUACAUGGUUGAUUUGGAAAUCCAGGUCCCCACCCCAUUCGACCCGUUUGCCGAGGCGAGAGAAUCGGAUGCCCCCGGAGCAAAGGAGUAUGUGCAUAUUCGAAUUCAGCAGAGGAAUGGGAAGAAGAGUCUGACCACAGUGCAAGGGCUGAAGAAGGAGUUCAGCUACGAGAAGAUCCUCAAGGACCUCAAGAAGGAGUUCUGCUGCAACGGAACCGUGGUGCAGGACAAGGAGCUUGGCAAGAUCAUCCAACUCCAAGGCGACCAGCGUAAGAACGUCUCCCACUUCCUCGUUCAGGCUGGCCUUGUCAGGAAGGACCAGAUCAAGAUUCAUGGUUUUUGACCAAUUGGUCUUGUUUUUGUUAGUAGUAAUUUCAAGUUGUUCUUGAGUUUGUGAGUUUUGAAAGUUUGGAUUGUUUUUCUGUUUGAUGAGUGGUGUUGGAAUAAGUUUGGUUUGGUUUGGUUUGGUUUGGUUUUCCAAUUUUUAAUGAUUGGAUUUCAUGGAUGUUGUUAGUGAACUUGAAUUGUUCCAAAGCAAGUUACAGUUAAUAAAUGAUAAUUCGGUUUUCAGAA